AUGCCCCAACUCGAACGCAUUCCGGACCUCAGCGUCGACGGUCUCAACAAUGAGCGCUACGGAUCUCCCGAGUUUCGCAUCACAUUCUUAAUUCCCGCGCCUCCCAUGCUUGCUGCCAAGGCUACCUUUCAAAUGGUGCUCAUGUUCCCCAGUCGACCCGUGCAAUAUAGCUCUUCCACGCGACAGUACGGGUACUCAAGGAUACUGUCUUUACUGACCAAAACCGCCGCGAUCUUCAAUCCCUCAAGCAUGGAGGUGGCACGAAUCCUGCUACGCCGGAACUUCGUCCAUAUUAUACUUUUUGUCGCCGGUGUCGAUGAAGUUGACAAGGUCGGACGUUUAGAAGAUUCUCGACCGGUCCACGAGGCGAGUGAUUGGAUACAACGGUCCUGCGCACCAUCCAUCUCUCUACAUCCAUACACCACCCAUGCCUAUCUUCUUCGGUCUGGCGGCUUAUGUAUAGCGAUCCAGCGACGAACCUACAGACAGAAACGUAGAAGACAAAGAGCAUCCCAGCUUGACCAACGUCCGGUUUCACCCUAA